AUGGCAUUGCUGAAAGUCAAAUUUGACCAGAAGAAGCGGGUCAAGUUGGCCCAAGGGCUCUGGCUCAUGAACUGGCUCUCCGUGUUGGCUGGUAUCAUCAUCUUCGGCUUAGGGCUCUUCCUAAAGAUUGAACUCAGGAAGCGGAGCGAUAUGAUGGACAAUUCCGAGAGCCAUUUUGUGCCGAAUUCCUUGAUAGGGAUGGGGGUGCUGUCUUGUGUCUUCAAUUCUCUGGCGGGCAAGAUCUGCUAUGACGCCUUGGACCCUGCCAAGUAUGCCAAGUGGAAGCCCUGGCUGAAGCCAUACCUGGCCGUGUGUGUCCUCUUCAACAUUGUCCUCUUCCUGGUGGCCCUCUGCUGCUUCCUCCUGCGGGGCUCCCUGGAGAGCACGCUGGCCCACGGGCUCAAGAAUGGCAUGAAGUUCUACCGGGACACAGACACCCCAGGCCGGUGUUUCAUGAAGAAGACCAUCGACAUGCUGCAAAUUGAGUUCAAGUGCUGUGGCAACAACGGCUUUCGGGACUGGUUUGAGAUUCAGUGGAUCAGCAACCGCUAUCUGGACUUUUCCUCCAAAGAAGUCAAAGAUCGUAUCAAGAGCAAUGUGGAUGGGCGGUACCUGGUGGAUGGAGUCCCCUUCAGCUGCUGCAACCCCAGCUCGCCACGGCCCUGUAUCCAGUACCAGCUCACCAACAACUCUGCACACUACAGCUAUGACCACCAGACGGAGGAGCUCAACCUGUGGGUGCGCGGCUGCAGGGUCGCCCUGCUGAGCUACUACAGCAACCUCCUGAAUUCCGUGGGUGCUGUGACGCUCCUCGUCUGGCUUUUUGAGGUGACCAUCACCAUCGGGCUGCGCUACUUGCACACGGCGCUGGAAGGCGUGGCCAACCCCGAAGACCCCGAGUGCGAGAGUGAGGGCUGGCUUCUGGAGAAGAGCAUUCCAGAGACCUGGAAGGCCUUUCUGGAGAGCGUGAAAAAGCUGGGCAAGGGUAACCAGGUGGAAGCCGAGGGUGUGGAUGCAGGCCAGGCCCCAGAGGCUGGCUGA